AUGGAGGCAGACUGGGAUGAAAUCACUCGCAUUGCAGUGCCCUCUUCUGGCCUGCAUGCAAUCCCUACGCCCGCCACUGCUGUAGCCUUUGAUGAUCAACAGGAACUACUAUGGGUUGGCAAUGAUCAGGGACGAGUCACGGCUUUCUAUGGACCCGAACUACAGCGAUAUGUCUCGGUCAAGGCUCAUCUCGGCGAAGGGCCCGUCAAACAAUUGUUGGUUCAUGACAAGGGCAUCGUCUCUAUCUCAGCAUCCAGUGUCCAUUUCGUAACUCGCAGAGGCUUGACUCAAUGGCACAUCUCCCACCGGUUGAUGGUCGACCUCCGAUGCAUGACCUAUGCAGCUUCCAGCAACCUCAUCUUGGUGGCAGGAUGUCAAAGCACCUUCUUCAUCAUUGACAUCGACAAAGGUCAAGUGGUGUCCGAACAUGCUGCUCAGGCCAAAUACACCAUCUUGAAGAAGAGCCGGCACAUCUGUGCAGCAACUGACGACGGCAACGUCCAUGUCCUCAGCUUGAACGACUACGCCAUCCUCAAAAAAUGGAAAGCGCACUCGACCGCCGUCAAUGACAUGGAUGCACGCAAUGACUUCUUGGUUACAUGCGGCUUUUCCGUCCGACAACUGGGGGUGCCGAUUGUUGAUCCAUUGGCCAAUGUCUAUGACCUGAAAUCACUCACGUCGCUCCCACCCAUUCCCUUCCAUGCAGGAGCUGCAUAUGUCCGGAUGCACCCGAAGCUGCAAACAACGAGCUUUGUGGCAUCACAAACAGGCCAGAUGCAGGUGGUUGACUUGAUGAAUCCGGUCAAUGUCAUGCUCAAACAAGCAAACGUUCAGUUCAUGUUGGGCAUGGAAAUAGCCCCCUCUGGGGAUGCUCUAGUCAUCACGGAUACAAACGGUUUGAUAUAUCUUUGGGGGUCUCCCUCCAAGGUCCGUUUCAACAACAUCAGUAAAGAAACCGAAUUUGCCGACCCAGCUCCGCCGCCAACCCCCCACGUUGACUGGAACGACGCACCACUCAACACGGUGGGCAUGCCAUAUUAUUCGGAGCCGUUACUGUCUGCAUGGCCCAGUCACAUGGUCUUUGAGGUUGGCGCGCCACCUGUUGCUGUGGAACCAUCUCUUUAUCCUCAUAUGCAACCAGCCGAGAUGGGUCACUACGCGCCCAAUCUCAACCCCAGGAAGCUUCGACGGUAUCAAGUCCAAGACAAGAGAGGAGGCCACGUGGCCACAUCGAUAGCUGCGCCCAAGUUCUUGAGCGAGAAAGCGAAAGAAGCGACCGGAAGUGGAAAUGGCAGGAAACUCUCUGACGCUGCCGAAGGGCUGGCCGGGAUCUCUUUGAACGGGCGAGCUCAAACCGAUGAGGAGCGGAUGCUCAAGUACAGCAACGUCGAGAUCAAAUACAGCCGGUUUGGGGUCGACGACUUCGACUUUCGCUACUACAACAAAACGCCGUAUUCUGGGUUGGAAACCCAUAUUUCGAACUCGUUUGUCAACUCUCUUCUCCAGCUCUAUCGAUUCAUCCCUUUGGUCCGCAACGUGGCUCUACAACAUGCAGCGACGUCGUGUGUGGCGGGCAAUUGUCUGCUUUGCGAAUUUGGAUUUCUAUUCGACAUGCUAGAAAAGGCUAAAGGCCAGAACUGCCAGGCAACCAACCUCCUGAGAGCAUUUGGUGCCUCUAGAGAAGCUGCGAAUCUGGGGCUCUUCGAACAUUUGUCUCUGGCCAAUGGCACGCCACUUUCCACGACCAUCCAAUCCGUCAACCGGUUCUUUCUGAAACAAAUGGCCCACGAUUAUGGGACGAUGGCUGCCAACAGCGAGGGGAUUGACGAGGUCCUUGCGAGCAAUGCCUAUGAAGCAAUUCGCUGCAUGUACUGUAACAACGAAACCACGAAAACGGGCAGCACUUACGUGCACGACCUGGUGUACCCUCAACUCGACCCGAAAAGCCCAAUGAGACUGCUCAAAUUCGCGUCGAUUCUGAAAACGACCAUCGAACGAGAGACCAAGAAUCGAGGGUGGUGCAGUCGAUGUCGACGAUAUCAACAACUCGCCAUUCGCAAGACCAUCCGGCAUUUACCAUCGGUCAUGAUGAUCAAUACCGCCCUGGCCAGUAACUCGGCAAUGCGUGGAUUGUGGGAGACCCAAGGGUGGCUUCCGUCCGAGAUCGGGAUCAUCAUCCAAGACAGAACGGUCUACUGUUUCGAAGGAGCAGAUCUUGCGUUGCAUAUGCGAAACCGAUCGCCCAACCUGGUGAUCUACGAACUGGUAGGCUUCGUGGCCGAGAUCGACACGAGUGAGAGACACCAACCGCAUCUGGUCAGCAUGGUGAACGUCGAGGUCUCUAGCAAUGGACCUGAAAUCUCGCCCAACCAUAAAGUCUUUCCCAACUGGCAUCUGUUCAAUGACUUCCUGGUGACGCCCGUGGAUCCCCGAGAAGCACUGCAUUUCAACCAGAACUGGAAGAUGCCCAGCGUGGUGGCUUAUCAAGUCAAGAGUGCCCAUGGCAAACUGGAUCCAUCUUGGAAGGAGAACAUGGACACGACCUUACUCUAUCAACAUUACAGCAUCAACGGAAUCUACCCCAAAGAGGAAUGUCAGAUCUUGUCGCCGGAGGAACAUCCCCAACAUGGCACGCCGAUUGCCUUGGACACGGAAUUUGUCGAGUUGGAGAAGGCGGAGAUCAAUUUCAAGGCGGAUGGGACUCAAGAGACCAUCCGACCGGCCAAAUCCGGACUUGCUCGGGUCAGUGUUCUCCGUGGGCAAGGAGAACUGGAAGGGGUUCCGUUUGUGGACGACUACAUCACCAUCUAUGAACCGAUUGUGGAUUACAAGACACAAUACUCGGGCAUUCGACCGGGUGAUCUCGAUCCUCAGGUUUCCGCUCACAACCUCGUUCCUCUCAAAGUGGCAUACAAGAAACUGUGGAUUCUACUGAACCUAGGUUGCGUCUUUGUCGGGCACGGAUUGGCCUCGGAUUUCCGCAAAGUCAACAUCCACGUCCCCAAAAGUCAGACGGUUGACACGCAAUUUCUGUAUCUGGCCCCGGGCAAGAAUCGACGAUUCUCCCUACGGUACCUGGCGUGGGCUGUGUUUAAGGAAUACAUCCAGGAGGAAACCUUUGACGACGCGCAGGUGGACGGGCAUGACAGCAUCGAGGACGCGCGCAUGGCUCUGCGGCUCUGGCGGAAAUACCAGGAAUAUGAAGAUGCCGGGGUCGUGGAACAGAUGAUCGAAGACAUCUAUCGCAAAGGUGUCAAGUACGGCUGGAAACCUCCGCCACGAAGUAUUGGAGGCACGCAGUUGCCCGACGGGGUUGGCACGGGAGCAGCUAACAGCGCCGCGCCGAGUGGACGAAACACACCGGACUUGAUGUCGAUGACCCCUUUGCCCAUUUCUCCUCCGGCGCCGAGGAGCAGUGGGAAUUCGGGAGGAGGCUUUCGAUUGAACGCGGCGGGCGCGGGGACUUUUGUGCCGGGCAAUGGGAUUGUCAAGGAGAGUCCACUGCGUUGA